CUUCAGCCCCCCCCCCACUUUUUGGUUGCCUAUCUCGCCGUAUUAAUCUCAUAUCCCUGUAUCCUUACAGACGUUCCCCCGCAUCAUGAAGACAUCUACCGUCACGGUCCUGUCACUCCUCUCCUGUGUGAGCUCCCUCGCUCAGGGAUUCGUCUACCCAACCGAGCCCAUCAACACCACCGUCUGGACACCAAACUCGACCGUCACCAUUGUCUGGACCGAGGACAAUCAGCCUCCCAUGCUUUCCACCAAACCCGAAUUUGACAUCUUCUUGAUGACCGGUGCAGACGACCAUCAGACCAAACUCGCUACGAUCGCCACAGACGUCAAAGGUGGAACGAAUACAACCGUUCACUACCACGUUCCUUAUGUCUCGCCUCCUGGCCAAAUCUACUUCCUAAUGUUCCAGACAAGGGACCAGUCUUCGACCGCAUGGGCUACCCGCUUCACCAUCGCAGACGCCGCCGGGAACCCAGGCUCGCUACGCCCAACCAUCCCUCCAGGUCAAGCCAUCAACCCCGGCGGCAUCGGUGCCAUUGUUCCCGAACCCACGGAAGAGGAACUCGAAAAGAUGCAACAGCAGUAUAAAAAAGAAAUGAAGGAAAAAAAUAACGAUUCGCAGUCGAAAUCAGAUUCAAAAAACUCUACCACCAGUAACGACGACAACAACAACAACGACAACGACAACGAUAACGAUAAGACUAGCAAGAAAGUAAAGGACAGCACUAAGGAAGACAUGCAUCCUGGUGGAACCUACCCGCAUCCUGGUGGAACCUAUCCGCAUCCAAGUGGAAACAAAAACAGCAAUGCGACAAAAACCGAUGAUACCGAGGAGACAAAGGAUAAAUCCACACAAGAACAACAACAGCAGCAUCAACCGCAACCACAAAAGCAACCACAACCGCAAAAGCAACACCCAGGAACAGGAAGUACCAUCCCGAAUACGAUCGAUAUUCCUGCUGGAGGCAACACGAACAAGAACGUGGUGUACAGUGGCACUGCGGGAGGACUCGUUGGCGCGUCAUCGGCUGCUUCUUCCGUGGCCAUGGUUGCCUUCAUCGGCUUGGCUGUCUUCAUGAGCUUCUGAUCGGGGUUGGGAUCGAUGAGGGAGUUGGUUGGUUGGUUAGUUGAGAAAACCGCAUGUGGUUACAGCUCUAAUAGUAACUGCCCUGUAGAAUCUUUUUUUUUU